AUGGAUGCUACCCUAGCGCCUGUGGCGCGAUCAGACUUUCCAGAUACUAUUGGACCUAAGAAGUCGCAUACCAUCGUUUCAGUCUUCAAGCGCGGUGAAGAACAUCAAACCCCCAAACUUUGGAAAUCCACAGCGUUGCGCGCACCGGUUCUCAUCUUUACGAUCCUGGUCUGCUGGACCAUUAUCGCUAUUCUCCAAUAUCUACUCGUAUGCAGCCAGCGAAAUGACGGGAUAAUUUUUGCUCCUAAGAUCAACGAACUUCCUUUAAGUCGAACCUUUCUGUAUCUUUACUUUCCGACAAUCAUUGCCGUAAUCUUUAGUAUCUACUGGGCAUGGAUCGAUUUAGAGACGAAACGAUUGGAGCCAUAUUAUCAACUAAGCAAGAAGGAUGGUGCUCUGGGGAAAGAUUCUUUGCUUCUGCAUUACCCAUUCGACUUCGUACCCCUGGUCCCGUUGAAGGCUGCUAGAGACAGACACUGGCCUGUAUUUUGGGCUUCUUUUGCUGUGGUUCUAGUGACCUUGGGCUUAGUACCUACCCAGGCUGGUAUCUUUUCUACGCAAACCAUCACUAGGAAUGUUACACUUCCUUUCGAUCGAUCUACGGCGUUCCUAUCAGCUAGCGACCAGGCGUCGAAUCUGACAUUGCGCUUUGCCCAAUCAACUUACGCAAUUGCGGCUCUGAACGAAACUCUUACACAGUAUAUGGCGCGAAACUACACGAUUGCACCAAUCCGGCCAAAACCCACCUCCUUGGAUGAAGCUGUACCUCGGAGCAACUGGUCCGCCCCAACGAUCAUGUAUAGCGUAGAUCUAUACUGUGAGCCUGCCACGCUUAGCAAGAUACCGGGGCGUGGUGGUGUUGUUGCAAAUAGCACGAACGGAUGUUCCUUCAAGAUGGGGUUGGAUGGCAACAUCACUACAGGUGACAACAAAGCAUGGCCAGGAAGACCAGUACUCAACAAUAGAGAAUUCACUGCCAUGUAUGUGGGCUAUUGGAAUCCUCUGGGAUUUGCCGACUACUCUCUCGACAGUUCCUGCCCGACCACUAGCAAUUCUACUUUCUACGCCGCUAUAGCGCGAAACAAGGCCAGGGACACCGAUUCAAUGCAGAACGUCACUGCAAUUUACUGCUGGCCAACUUAUUAUCAACAACCGGUAUUGGCGACUGUGGAUGCAGUGACCUUGGAGCCUUCCAUGGUCAGGCCCACUGGCGAAAAGGUGCCUCUAGCAUCGGGUUUGUUCAACACGUCCCGCCUGGAGCAGUUGAUGAGUAGUAAAUCGCUUGGAGACGAAGUGAGAGGGGACUUGCUACCGAUGAAAUCCGUACCUGACUAUUACGACUCCAUCGGACGAACAAAUCUGAGCUUGACCAGUGGGCCCAAGGGCGCCGCUAUGGUACAACCAAUGGUCGGAUUAGCCUUAGCUGUCAGCAAUUUGCCAUUGGAAGAAUACUUGGAUUGGAAAGUGCUGGCCAGAUCCUAUGCUGAUGGGUAUCGACUGAUGUUCUCUCGGGCGAUGCGGGAUGUUCUUGAUCAAAGAUUCCGAACGUCUGAGAAUGUCACUGGGCAGGUGACCGACAGCACGGAAGCCGUGCUGCUCGAGCCUGUGUUCGUAUACAUUGUAGAGGGCUUCCUUGGCGCUAUCUCGCUCGCCACAAUCGCACUACUAUACCUUUCAGUCACACGCACGAAGAGCCUUCACUCCAAUCCCAGUACCAUCGCAGCUAUGAUGGCGAUGGUAGCUGACAACGAGCCAUUGCUGGCCGACGUCGAAGGACUGGACUGCUGUACGAUGAAAGGAAUUGAGGAACACCUUAGACACAAGCGCUACAAGCUCGUUGAUGACGGAGCGUCUGUUGGAAUUUUCGAAAUAGGCGAAGGUCCUGAAUUCAUCGGAAACGACAACGGUCUGACAUCAGCAACACAACGCCGUGAUACACCAACAGAUAUCGCGAAGCCAGUUAGACCAAUUGAGUUCAGCUUGUGGGUUGCUGGCCCGUUUGUCAGUGUGUUGAUCGCGCUAGCAAUAGUUCUUACCGUGCUCUUCGCGAAAGCUCACAUGCAAGGUAUAUAUUGCCCCAUGGCUUCUGGAAGCUUCUGGUUGUUAACUGAACCAGGCCUACCGCUUCCUUCGAAGAACACGUUUGUACAAAAUAUCCUCGAGAACUACAUCCCCACGGCCGUGGCUACACUCAUUGAGCCGAUAUGGGUUCUAAUCAACCGUUUACUCUGUAUGCUACAACCCAUCGAAGAGUUGCAGAGCUGCAAUGCACGCGCCAAGAAGUCAAUCGAUCUCGAUUAUGCUUCUCUCCCACCACAAUUGGUUGUUUUCAAAGCUCUAAGAUCAAAGCAUUUCGUUCUUGCCGCUGUGUGCACUAUGGCACUACUGGCAAACCUGCUCGCAGUGAGUCUCGCAGGUCUAUUCAACCAGAUCACUAUCGACAUGCAGCAUACAACGGCAGUGUCUCAGCAUUUACAAUUUAAGUUUGUGCCAGUAAAUGGAACUAUAGGCCCAGUGGGUGGCCUUUCCUUCGGUUCCUCUGAGGCAUCUGGUGCUUACCGAGGCAGUAAUGGAGAAGACCAAUUUUUGGUUGCGGAUUCAUAUCUGAGGCAAGGCAUACCGCUGCCAGCAUGGACCGACGAAAGCAUGUUUUAUCUCCCGUUUAUCCCUGAGGAAAGUAACACCACGACAACGAACGAACUAGAAGUUAGAACGAGAGCUUUUGGCGCAAAGCUCGAAUGUAAUGGCCUCAAAUUCGACAAUAACUUCCACGCUGGUAUCUAUAAGCGAUUCUCAACGGACGAAGCUAUUUGGCCAUCGGUCAAUAUUACAGUAACCAGCGAUACGGGAAGAACUGUCAAGUGCACAAAGACGGCACCUUAUAUGCGCCAAGGUCCGGUUUCCAUAGCUUCCGGCUCUUGCGUUACAGGACCAAGCGCAGCCCAGCUCGUGUUUACCCUUGAGCCAACUGUAAACGCUACACAGGCUGACGCAGAAGUGUGCAUGGGAUCAAUCGUUAUGGGAUGGCUCCGGAAUCCCACUGGAUCUUGCGGAGAGAUAAAACCAGUAAUCCUGGAUGAGAAGACUUCUACAUUCGUUCACUGUCGGCCAAGAUUAACGACCGGCUUUGCGACUGUUCGGGUUGACUCUAGUGGCCGACUGCAAAAGAAAGUACAAAACGUUACCCUUGACGACAAGCAACCGGAAGGGAUCUACAGCAACAAUCCUUUGAACAUUAUUGGACAGUCCAACAGGUACAUUUUCAAAGGUGAUAACCCUGGUUGGCACAAUGAUAGCUUUUCCGACGACUUCAUCAAUUAUUUUGUCAGCCAUGUGGCAAACAGUAGUCGGCUAAUCGACCCCAAGCAAGGUCUUCCGACAUUCGAAGACAUUGAAGCUCCACUAAAAAAGGCUCACGCACUCUUGUUUGCAAUCUGGAUGGGGCUCAACAAAGACAAGUUGCUAGUCCCUAGCGACGCGCGAAGCUUGCAAUCACUCCGGGGCUGGCGUAUAGAGCCAGAGAAGCGUCUCUUCAUUUCCACACCAAUGUUUGCAAUAUCCGAGGCCAUCUUCUGCACCUAUGCUAUUGUAGCCAUCAUAGUCUACAUGCGGCGGCCAGGCCAGUACCUCGCACGGAUGCCCACGUCGAUCGCAUCUCUAAUCGCCCUGUUUGCCGCCAGCGGCGCCGUUCUAGACAUGCGAGGGACAUCAUAUUUGGAUAAGGCAGGCCGCGCGCAACACCUUGAGAAACUGAAUGCGAGAUAUGGAUACGGAAGUUUCAUUGGUGGCGGCGACGGGCGCGUUCAUAUCGGAAUUGAGAAGACACCAUUUGUGAGGGCUAGGUCCAAAACCACAUGGUUCGAGAAAAAGAUCGUCUCUUGGCGAAAGGGAGCGGCUAGUUGA